AUGUCACAAAAACCGGUAUACGUGAAACAAUGUAUAGGCCUUAAUGGCUUAGAGAAGAUCAUUCUUAAAGAAGUUCGUGGCUUCUCUGCAGAGGUGUAUCUAUAUGGAGGACAGGUUACAUCCUGGAAAAAUGAACGUGGAGAAGAAUUACUAUUUGUUAGUAGUAAGGCUAAUUUUAAACCUCCGAAAUCUAUACGUGGAGGCAUUCCAAUAUGUUUUCCUCAAUUCUCAAAUCUUGGUUCUCUUGAACAUCAUGGAUUUGCAAGGAACAAGUUGUGGACCUUAGAUCCGAAUCCUCCUCCAUUUCCAACAAAUAGCAGUAGUAAAGCUUUCAUUGAUUUGAUUCUUAAAAACUCUGAAGAUGAUUCAAAGAAUUGGCCUCAUAGAUAUGAGUUUCGCCUAAGGAUAGCUUUGGGACCGACCGGAGAUCUGAUGAUGACCUCCCGAAUUCGAAAUACAAAUAAAGAUGGAAAAUCUUUUACCUUCACAUUUGCCUAUCAUACAUACCUCUAUGUUACCGAUAUCAGUGAAGUUCGAAUAGAAGGACUAGAGACAUUGGAUUAUCUAGACAAUUUGAAGAACAGACAACGAUUUACAGAACAAGGAGAUGCUAUAACAUUUGAGUCUGAAGUUGACAAAGUGUACGUAAGUACUCCCACAAAAAUUGCUAUCAUAGACCAUGAAAGGAAGAGAACUUUUGAAGUGCGAAAAGACGGGCUUCCUGAUGCUGUGGUAUGGAAUCCGUGGGACAAGAAAGCGAAAACCAUAUCUGAUUUGGGGGAUGAUGAGUACAAAAACAUGUUAUGUGUUCAAUCUGCUUGUGUAGAAAAACCAAUCACUCUCAAACCUGGCCAAGAUAUUAGAAGAAUGAGAUACAAUACAUUCUUCUUGUACAGGAAUUUUUGUUCACUGAUUUCUUGCCCACAUUUGCUUCAGAUUUAA